AUGCGCAUUUGCCACGGGUUGGCAGGGGAGGUUGUCCAGGUCGACUCGGAGUACCGCAAGCCGCUGGACUUGGUAAGGCAGCACGCUCGAGAGCGCUGGAGCUUGCAGCUCGAGGACCUCAUUGUGCUAACCUCCAAUGGGAAUGUGCUGAGUGCAGAAAGCCGCGAGGAGGAGGUGGAGGAGGUCUACUUCUUCACCAGGCAGUGCCUGGAAACACAGGUGGAGGUUAUCCCAGACCGCCUGGACCCUGCGGACCCCAGCCUUGCCGCCUUCGGAGGCGUAGAGGAGCUGGAUGAUGUGGUGGGGCAGAGAUGCGAGGAUGUCAUCGAUCCUGUCUUUGAGGCCUUCCGCAGCAACAUCGCGGAGGCCCGGGCCCGGAUCCUUGAGUCUCGGCCCGUAGUCGCCCUGGCACAGCGGUGCGAAGAGCGCGCCCAAGCGCAGACUAGGGCCGCGCGGGCAGUGCUGGAGAACCUCAAUAGCCACCGAACGGCGUGUGGCCGCUCCAUAUCCUUGCUUGUACAGAAGAGCAACCGGGUCCAGGCGAAGCUCUCGGACUGCUUGGAGAAGGUGGAAGCCUCCAUGAAGGCUUUGGAGUCAGUGGCACUUCACACGGCAUUGCAAAGCGAGGGACGGCAGUGCUUGGCUGAUGUGGUGCCACGAGAUCGGAUUCUCCGCUUCACAGAAUCCCUGGAGGCGGAGGCGGCUCAGCUGGUACAACGGCUGGAGAAGCUCCAGCGGCAGGACAGCCAGCUGGAGGGCAUGUGCGAGCAGGUGGCGGAGCGGGUGGAGCAGCUGAUUCGGGAGGACGCGGUCGGCGCUGAAGCUCAGCAGAUCCAUGAGGAGCAGGUGUGCGCUCAGCGGGAGCUGCCCAAGCUGAGGGCCUUAGUGCCCUCGGCCGGCGCGGCUCCGGCCAUGGUGCUGGAGGAUGAGAAGCGUUCUGCGCUCCUGCGAGAUCGCGUCACCAGCGCCUGUGCCAAGCUGCUCCGGGCCAUGGAGCAGCUCCAGAGCUGCUGGGACCGACAGCACCAGAUGUUCGUGCAAAGGCUCCGUGAAGUUGCCUAUGUGCAGUCCAAGGUGCGCUAUGUGGAGAGGCAAGCCGCAUUACUGGAGGAAGAAGUUAAUGCGCAAAGCAGCAAAGCCCAGCAACUGGCGCGACUGCAGAAGAUGCCGAAGGCCUACUAUUCAGCGCUGCGGGAGGUUGGCUUGCGUCGGCAGUUCCGGGAGCGCUAUGUUGCGCAGGCCGAGAAGGCUCGCACGACUCUCUCCAGGAUGGUCGAGGCUGAGAACAGCAGGCGGCGUGGCUUCUUGCAGAAACAUAGCUGCUACUUGCCUGUGGACCUCGUGCAGGGUUUAGGAGCCUUUGCUCCAGCCAGUACCGUGGAGGUGCCAGACUUUGACAGCCAGCUGCCGGACAUAGCGCUGGCCUCCCUCGAGGCGGACAGGGAUGUGCCAGGUCCCACUACUUCAGUCUGCUCCACGUCCUCGCUUCGUGCGACUGUUAAUGUCUCAAAUGUCUCAUCCUCGGGAGAAACUGCUGCAGCACAGGGCUCCGAGGCAGCAGAAGCCAAGCCGGCAGCAAAGGAGGCUACUGCCGAGAGGAUUGCCGAGCUAGAGGCACGAAACAAAGCUUUGGAGGAGCAGCUCGAACACAUGCGGCAGGAAGUGUCAGUCACAACGAAAGCUGGAGAGGAGAAAAGUCUCUAG